AUGGGUAAUCUGUGGGGACAGAAUGGUGUACAGCCACAAAAUCUACAACAACAAAACCUACCAGACCCAUUACCAAAAGGUCUUAUCCUUUAUGUAAUAGUUGUCGCUGUUACUAUUAUAGUUAUUGUAAUAGUUCUUGGGGUAGCACUUAAUGGUAACAGCAGGUCGAGUAUAUCUGUUGUUACGAUCAUUAUUACGCCAUCAAACACAACCACAGUUACCAUAACGACAUCAACAUCUACCACGACGUCGACAACGACAUCAACAUCGACAACGACGUCAACAUCGACUACGACGUCGACUACGACAUCAACAUCGACAACAACGUCAACAUCGACAACGACAUCAACAUCGACAACGACGUCAACAUCGACUACGACGUCGACUACGACAUCAACAUCGACAACAACGUCAACAUCGACUACGACGUCGACUACGACGUCGACAACGACAUCAAAAACAACAACCUCAACAACAACAACAACAACCACAACGACUACCACUACGGCAACAACACAACUACCGUCAAAGGAAGAAAAAUGUUUUACUGGCGAUACAUUUGUUAUACAACAAAAUGGACAAAGAACAUUAAUGCGUAAUCUAAACGUGGGUGACCAUGUUCUCGUUUCCUAUUAUGAUGCUGAUAACAAAUUAAGAUUAACAUGGAGUCCUAUCUUAGCUAUUGAUAUAUAUCAGGAGUAUAAUCCAAAUAAGCCAAUACCGUAUUUAGAUAUUCAUACAGCUGGUAAUCAGGCACCAUUACGUAUUACAUCGACACACUCAUUACUAGUUAAGAAACAAAAUUCUUCGGUGGAAAAUUUUUUCUUUGCUAAAGAUGUUUAUAAUGGCGAUAACAUCUAUACCAUUAGGAAUAAUAUGACAGUUAAACACGUACCUGUAAUAGAAGUCAAACGUACUCUUGCCUAUGAUGCCUAUGCACCGUUGACAAACGAAGGCAAUUUAGUUGUCAACGACGUAAUAGUAUCAUGUUAUGGAACAUAUACACAUCGGGUAGUACAUUUAGUAAAAACACCUAAGCGAUUGUGGUGUCGAUAUAGAUUAUAUGUAGAUGAUAAUUAUAUGUCUUAA